AUGACUGAACUUUCAACGAAUCUUGUUCGUGUAACAUUGCCGGAUAAAUUGAUUCAAUUCAUAGAAGUAGGUCCAAACGAGACAUAUGGAGAUGUAUGCAAAUAUAUCAAGAAAAAUUAUGAAAUUCCUGACUCAAUGGUCUUAAUUCCUCAAACAGAUAUUAAGCUACAAGAAAAUUCGAAGAUAUCUGAUGACUUCAAAGAUAAAGUACUGCGUAUUAGUGUUAAAAAUGAAUUUGAUCAUGAAGCACAAUUUUAUCUUGACUCAAUUAAUCGCGAAAAGAAUGAAAGUCCAACUGUUUCGUAUUCUGAAAUGAUCGGAAAUAACCUGAAUAAUAAUACAAGUUCAGAAGGUGACCAAUCAGGAACUAUUCCUCUUCCUAUUUCCAGUUUGCUUUCGUCACUUGUUGAUAUGGAUACCGAGCCUGACUAUAAUAGAUUCAAUUAUAUGUGA